AUGCCGGACAAAAUAGAGGAGUCAAACAGCAAGAACUGCGUCGUGAACCUAUCCACCUCUGCGAUAGCUUCCGUGUCAGACUUACUGGACUGGAAAAGGCAUAGCAGUUGGCAGUCAUGUCAGACCACAAUGGCUUAUGCCCUGCGCUUCAUCAAAGCUAUAGUGUCUCGAGUUGAUGCGGAUCUUCGCUCACGUAUCGCUAAUCAUGCUCCCGAUAUAAUGAAGAUGUCAGGAGAACCUUACGUGACGGCAGCGGAACGAAAGAUCGCACAGCGAAUUCUCCUUCGCAACCAUCAACAAGUGCAUCUUCCAGAAUCACGACAACAAGUUCUGAAACAGCUCAAACUCCAGCGCGAUAACGACGGCAUCAUACGCACACCCGAGAGUGCCAAGAAAGAGGAAUCCACUCCAGUUGACAGUCGACACAUAAGCCAUGAUCGAGGACAAGAGGCAGACACUCUUGCUGGAAGCAAGCAGAACCCGCGAUACAACCUCCGGUCAGCAGCUAAAGGAAGGCGAUCAUACCAACAGCCCAUCUCGACAUCCAAUCUUAUUCUCACAUUGACGCUAGCACUUGCCCUUGCAGGGACUGUAAAUGCAGAAUUCAAUUCCACCAUCACUAAUGUUGCGGAAAUUCGAUGUGUACCGGGAGGAAACAAGAUUGCUUCGUCAAUGAGCACCCAACACCUCACGAAGGAAAUCAUGUUUGCACCAGAAGUCACCUUACAUGAACACCAGGUGCAAUGGAAAGUGUACGAUGGGAGCAAAGUUACUGUUCUGAACGCCAUAUGCCCAGCCGCUAAUUUCUGUGAAAAUAUCCGCUGUUGGAUAUGCACGGCAAAUAUUUUCAAUCCAGAAUGCUCUCCACGAUCAGCCAUCGCGGCUAUAGCAGUUUUCAUAUAUCUGACGACAGCAGUCCUUUAUGUGUUCUGCUAUGUCCCCAUUGUGGUUGGAAAACCAUUCCGCAUUCUCAGUUGGGGAACACUCAAGUGUAUGGCUCACACGGUACGACUGGCAAGAACUAUAUGGAGAGGAUGCGUGCGAAUAGCCUUUCGAAGGCGGCUGUUCCAUCGACGUCAACAAGACGUGGAGGCAUUCCUGAGAGCUCCUUUGAUCACGCUGACUAUCCUGGCAAUAAUGGCAUCAGCCGUUUACCCAUGCCAAGAAGUCGAUAUUUUCAGUCAACCGAGCACAAUCUGCCACGUUUCUCCUCAAGGACAGAAAACAUGCCUGACCGAAGCGACAGAAAUUCUUAAAAUGAACAGUUUCCAUCAAGAGGCAUGCCUUCGUCUUCUCUAUAACCAAACACUGGUAAGAGAUGUUCGUAUCAGGUGGAAAGGAUUGCGCCUAACAUGUGCGAAGGAAACUCUCGUCUUCACAAGAGACUCGGAACAACGAGUCAUGGACUCAAAACGAUGCGAAACCAUGGGAUCCUGUAAGGAACGAGCCAUGCGAAUCACCCUAACGACAUUAACUGUCCCCGCCAACACCAUUGUUGUGUCUUCUACCUUUAUAUCUGACAGCACUAACUUCGCUCUGUGGAAGAUGAACAACAAGCCAACUCUGCAGUGUGAAUCGCACGAAGCAGCACAAUCACUCAACUGCUCAGUUCUUCCAGAUUGCGAUUGCCAGCCAGCUGAGAACAAAGUCAACUGUUUGUGCAAGAGCUUGGACAUUGCAGACCAUUUCGAGAAUCGACUGGAAAAUCGGUUCCCGAUCCGUCGUCCAUGGAUCACACUCACUCAUACGGUCUCGCACCCCAAAACGGUUGAAGCAACUAUUCCUAUGUUCACGACUGCAGAGGUACUGAUCCACUUCAAAGACAAGUACGACACGACGGUCACGGACGCUACAGACGCAAUUUGUUCUGUGAAAAAUUCGAUUGCGAAGGGAUGCUAUAAGUGUCCGCAAGGUGCAGUAGCCCCAAUUUCCUGCACUACAAAUGGUGCAUCAACACUGGCUACAGUUCGAUGCGAAGACGAAAUUUUCACAGUACCCUGUAAACAAGAAGGCGCUCCCUCAGUGUAUACUACAAUGGGUGAGGACGAUUCACAGCUCUGCAUUGAAAGUGCUCGCAGGAGAAAGCAAUGUCUACGACGACGAGAUAGUCUUUCCAGACAUCAACCACAUACUGGACGUCGUAUGGCAGUGGUACAAGACCCUCGCCCUUGCCGGAGGAUUAUUACUGCUCGCAAUAAUUUUCGGAUACCUCUGCUUCUGGUCUUGCGGCGUGAAAAUUGUGCUUGCACUAAUCUGUACCUGUACCAGAGCUAUCAGAUUCAUCGCGCAUAUUUUCAUCCAGGUGACAAUAUGGAGCAUGGUUUGCCUGAAGAAACGGUCACCAGCAAGCUCAGAAGUUCACCUUAA